AUGGCGACUCAUCAUCUGCACCAGCCGUUCCCGCAUACAACCUCUCCGCGUGCCUCGAAGCACUUCCACGCUGCCGAUGACGGCACCACUUUGAAGGCCAUGCUUCUGCAACUCACGGCCGCACACCCAGGCAUCGCAGACUACGUGCGCAGAACCUACUCGAGCUAUCUCGCGCGCGAGCAAGCCCGCGUCGUGGAUUUCGACCACCAUUCCAAAUCAAUAUACACGAUCAGACGCAUUGGCGAGCAGGCUGGGACGCCAAGUGCUUCCUUUGGGACGAGGAGGUCGGGCUUGGAGACGCUGCGCAAGAUUGGAAAGACCAUCUGCUUGAGCUCGAACGACACGCUUGGGCAUGAGGUGCAGAAGCAAUUUCAGCAGUCCGAGUGCUUUACGGAGGCGAUGGAGGCGAUUGUGGACUCUAUGAAUGACGAAGAGCGGGCGUGGAUGUGCGAGAUCAAUGACGGGAGGUCGAUUUUCGCGGAAAAAAUGGAGGAGCUGCGGAACCUUUCAGCAGACUAUUGCGUGUUUGAUAGUUUGUACGUCGUUAUUGACGAACUCUAUGGGGAGGAAGAAGGAGAAGACGGCGAUGAGGACGAGGAGAACGAGAACGAUGACGGUGACGAGGAAGGACUCAUACCGCGACAACCAGAAUGCUGGUAACCAAUUGCAGGUACUAACAUCUACUUUAAACGUCUCAGCU